AUGCGUCCCAGCUCUACCCGUAAAUCGAGCUCCAAAAUUAAGAAAGUUCAACCGACCAAGUCCACACGACCGAAACAAGGCGACGAACGAAGCAAUGCAGGAACGAGGGCCGUGCCAGAAGCGGCGACGUCGCAGCAAACUCUGCAGGCGAGUGCGUGUAGUCAGCCGCCGCCAGAACAGCGUAAGCACACCCCUUCAACGGUACCGCAGCCACAGCAGGCGUCACCAAGGGGUCGAUUGACGCCAGAUUGGUUCAACGACGAGCACUGGGCGACUAUGCUAGCGCUAGAAUCAGACUACCGACCGCCAUUGAACUUCCAACCCGACAGGCCAACGUCAACGGCACAGCAUCCACCGGCAACCACCGUCCAGCGGUCACCGUCCAAUCUCCGCGACGGCGAGCCGAGAACAUUAAAGUCGGCGGAAGCUGAUUUCCAGCCGCCGCGCGCUCUGCUGGUACCUGUAGAUGGAACUGCGGCGGACAAAGCAGCAUCGCUCAGGCCACCCGACGCACAGCUGACAGCAGAUCGGCGCACCGAGCCAACAUCGGCGGCGCCCGGUAAGCAGCCGCCAGUUGGUCACCUUGGCAGCCAACAGGCGGUCAUGGAUGCGGCGACUCCGGCCCGUCAGCCACCGGCGCGAGCUGACUUUCAGGAGACCACGUCGUGCAGUCGAGAUGGCACGGACGCGGAAAUCGCUCGGGCUGCGACUCUAGCUGUUCGGCCAUCGACGCCAAGUGGGCUUCCUGAAGUCACGUUGUCCGGCGCAAACGGGAAAUCCCCAGAAAUUGUCCUCGCCCUAUCUUCAGGCUCUCAGCCAUCGGUGACAGCUAGCCCUCCGCAGACCACGUCGAUGCGUCGAGAAAGCACGGACGCAGAAAUCGAUAGGGUCAUCAGUCCAGUCACUUGGCCAUCGGCGCCAACUAGCCCUCUGGAGAGCUCGUCGAAGAGCCCGGAAGGCGCGGGCCCGGACGUCACCCGGACUGCGACUCUUACCGCUCCGUCAUCGGCGCCAUCUAGCAUUCCAGAGACCACCCCUCGAAGCCCGCAAGGCGCUGACGACGUGGAAGCUAUCCGCGUUGCGACUCCAGCAGCUCAGCCAUCGGCACCGGAGAGAUUUCCGGAUGCCACGCCGCGAAGCCCGGAAGGCACGGCCGCAACGCCAGCUGCUCCAGCAUCGAUGACAACUAGCACCCCGGAGACCACACUGCGAAGCCCGCUGGGUACGGACGCGAAAGGCGUCCAAGAGAGGCCAGAGGCCGAGGGCGACAGCGUGGUAAGCCAGCGCGGUUCGGAGCCGUUGAUGAACGGAUCGAGACGCACGCCGUCGGUGGUGCGAAUCCUCGACGACGGGGUGAUUUCCGGAUCGCACCGCACUGACAGCGCAGGCGCGACGACCACGGGAGACACCGGCCAAGGCAGCAGCACGCAGUGCUCACCAACCCCACUCGGCGAGCACAAGCGGGGGCGAAAAGCCGAUCCAGGUGUCCCCUCGCAGAGCGCCUUCCCUGACCUCUACGGGCCCGUGUUAGAUGUGACCACGGAUAGCGUGGUCUCGAUGGCAGGCGGCACGGGAGAGCUCUCCUGGGCGACUGAGACCAAAGCGCGAGGCUUGCUGUUCACCCUUCUGCACUGCCUGUCGCAGGCCCUGCUCAACAUCCUCAUCAAGCAGGUGGUGCACAUUCCCAAGGCGAAGAUAGCCUACUACGUGGCCUUCGGAUACAUGCUGGGCAGCAUGCCUGAGGCGUUCGCUCUGAAAAAUCCUUUCGGACCAAGGCACGUCCAGGUAGGGGGCCUUCAUUCUCGUGCAGCCUCAUUCAAUUAAGUCGACAAGGCCCUCU